AUACAGUCAGUUUUACUUUCGGCGCUUCAUAUCAAACAGCAAACGCAUGGUUUGUUUAGGGUUCAGCUACUGCUAACAUACUUAUUUUUCACGUUAAACUAUUCAUGCGUGGCUGGCUAGCAUUAGUGGCUUGGAAAUGAAUAGAGCAUUGUUCGUUGUAAAACAGUUUGUGUCACUCAGACGUAAUGUGAGUUUUUCUGCUGCGUGUUGUCAGGUGAUGACCCAUCCUGAGGAGAUUGCCAAACUCUACAAACAGUUCAGUCUCUUCCCUUCCUUGAGUAGAGCUGAUGUGGGACCUGUUAUCACCUCUCAGUAUGGGGGCAAAUACAGCAACAUCUACACAGAAUGGAGCCAGCGUGACUUUGAAAGGAAUGAAAAUGUCAGGUUUUGCAGGCAGUACAUUGUAUUCCACGAUGACAAAUCUGUGGUGUACUCUGGGGCCUCUGGAAACUGCACUGAAAUCAAAGGAGAGGUAUUGAGUAAAGAUUCUCCUUCGGGAGAUAUGAAGGCUGUUGUCAGAGAGUGCACUGUCAAGGGAGAGGACAAACAGUUUUUGGAGAUCUGGAGUAAGAACAUUAAAAUGAAAAGUAUCAAUCUAACAGCCUUAAAGAAGCAUGGCAAAGUGUAUGAUGAUGAGCAGUUUGGCUGCCUGGUUUGGUCCCAUUCAGAAACCCACCUUUUGUACGUGGCAGAGAAGAAAAAACCAAAAGCAGAGUCAUUUUUUCAGACUGAGUCACCGGAGUUGUCUUCUAUUGGAGAUGAAGAAGACGUUCUGAGAGUGGAGAAAAAGGAGGCUGUGAAAGGGGAGCAGUUUAUCUUCAAUGAAGACUGGGGAGAGACACUUGUUGGUAAGAGCUGUCCAGUGCUAUGUGUUUUGGACAUCGAGGGUGACAAUGUCUCUGUGUUGGAGGGUGUGCCUGAAGAUAUUUCACCUGGACAGGCAUUCUGGGCUCCAGGAGACACAGGUGUGGUGUUUGUAGGCUGGUGGCACGAUCCUUUCAGACUUGGCCUCAAAUACUGCCCCAACAGGAGGUCCUCUUUGUUCUAUGUGGAUCUCACUGGUGGGAAGUGUGAGCAGCUGUCAUCGGGUACCAGUGCUGUGUACUCCCCCAGGCUGAGUCCAGACCAAUGUCGGAUUGUGUACUUGGAAUGUUCUGUCUAUGGACCACACAUGCAGUGCAGCAGGCUCUCUAUGUAUGAUUGGUAUACUAAGAAGACCUCAGUGGUUGUGGAUAUAGUGAAGAGGCCUGGUGAAGAUGGCUUUGCUGGUAUCUAUAGCACUCAGCUGUCCCCUCAGUGCUGGUCUGCUGACAGUCAACGUAUUAUUGUUUCAUGUCCUCAAUACAGCCGCAAGGAUCUACUGAUGGUGGACAUAAGCUCAGGUUGCGUCACUUCUCUGACUUCAAAGUCUGAUGCUGGUAGCUGGUGUCUGCUGAACAUAGUGAGAGAUCUGAUGGUGGUCGGCUACUCUUCUCCAAAUCGUCCUCCAUGUCUGAGGGUGGGCUUCCUUCCAGCCAUGGGUUCCAAUGAGGAAGUGGUCUGGGUUACUCUGGAAGACUCUGAGAUAAUGGCAGAUAUCGACUGGAACAUCUUGACCUUUACGCCUCCCCCAGAGCAAGACAACAGUCAAUAUCCUGGCCUUAAUUUUGAAGCUGUUCUGAUCAAACCAAAGGAAGUGAAGGACGGAGUGAAGCUGCCUCUUGUUGUCAUCCCUCAUGGAGGUCCUCACUCAGUGACUGUAGCUGAAUGGCUUCUGUCCUGCUCUGUGUUGAGUAGGAUGGGCUUUGCUAUAUUUCUAGUGAACUAUCGUGGCUCUAUUGGCUACGGCCAGGACAGUAUCCUCUCAUUACCGGGCAAUGUUGGCACCCAAGAUGUCAAAGAUGUUCACUUUGCUGUGGAAAGUGUGCUGAAAAGCAGUGACUUUGAUGCGCUGAAGGUGGCAGUUUGUGGUGGUUCACAUGGUGGCUUCCUGGCUUGUCAUUUGAUUGGCCAGUACCCAGGGUUCUACAAGGCCUGUGUAGCUCGCAAUCCUGUCAUCAAUUUUGUCUCUAUGAUUGGCAGCACAGAUAUUCCAGACUGGUGUAUGGUGGAGGCUGGUUUUGCCUACAGUACAGAUUGUCUACCUGACCCUGCUGUUUUGGAACAGAUGUUGAACGUAUCGCCUAUUAAACACGUCACACAGGUGCGGACGCCUGUUUUGCUUACAUUAGGCGAAGAUGAUAAACGUGUGCCCAGCAAGCAAGGAAUUGAGUAUUACAGAGCUCUAAAAGCAAAGCAGGUUCCAGUCCGGUUGCUGUGGUACCCAGGGAACAACCACUCACUCUCUAAGGUGGAUGCUGAGUCUGAUGGUUUUAUGAACAUCGCACUGUGGAUAAUUCAACAUUUGAGUCAGUGAAUGUGUUUUUGACAAAUAAAGAUUGUGUGCUCAUGUUAUUGCUAUUAGCAAAAGCUAGAGGACGCUCUAUAUGUAAGGAAUAUUCUGUUUCCAGGACAAUGUGAGGUCCUGUCCAAAGCCAAAGUACUCUCUGUACUGGAAAACUAGAACAUGCUUUAUGUAAAUAAUUGUUCUUCCUUUAUAAACUCUCACCAUAAUUACUUCCAAGUCAAUGGAGAACUAACAGUUUCAAAAUGUUACUUAAAUGCAGAUGCAUUUGAUGCUGAGUUCCUCAGAAAUACAUACACAUAGUAAAAGUCACUGGUACUCUUGGACAUCACUAUUUCCAAUUGGUGAAUGGGGAAGUAAGUUUUUUUAUUGCAGAAAUUCAUUAAAGACACUUUUGAUGACAACAUCCAUAAAUACCCUACAUUGAAAUGGCAAA